UAAUUAUAGUUUCUUGAGAUAGAAACUUUGCUGCAAAAUUGUCAGCCAAAACCCUAAUUUUACUAGUAAUUUCACCAAAUCACUAGAUAAUAUAGUCUGGAACCUUAAUCAAAAAUAUUGUAAUCAUAAAAAUGUAUUUUGUGGGCUGUUCAUGAGACGACACACACUUCCUCUCAUAUAUUUAUGUAGUGCUGAAAGUAAAGUUGGUGAGCACCUCAAAGUUUUUGUAUAGUUCAUCUGUCCCAUGCCUAAGGAUGAGUAGUGAUUUAUGCUCUUGGGGAAAAAAUAUGUAGAUGAUAAUAACGAGAGCAAUGCGCAAGAUAGUUCAGAAUCGAUAUCAAAAGGUACAACAACUGCACACUUUAUCAAAUUCAUGAAUAUUCUGCUUUGUAUCUUGGAUCUUAAUGAAGAUCUAAAAGAGAGCUAUUUGGUGAUGGAUAACUGCACUAUACAUAGAUCAAAACCGAUGAUGAGGAAAAUUGAAAGUCGUGGCUAUAAGCUGAUAUGUCUACCUCCAUAUUCGCCUGAAUUAAACCCAAUUGAACAGUUUUAGGCAACCUUAAAAGGAAAAUUGAAACACCACAAACUGUUGACUGAGGCAUGUAAUGCCAUAACUACUGAAAUUCUAUACAGCUUUG